AUGGUGGGAGGGGCGCUGAUCUCGGUCUACCCGGACGACCUCACCUUCCUCUUCGAGCUGGACAAGCCGUGCUACUGCAAUCUCAAGGUGGUGAACAACAGCGAGCACCAUGUCGCCUUCAAGGUUCGUGCCAUUUCCAUUCCACGGCGCGGGACGGACUCUGGUUUUCCGCCGUGCGUUCCGGUGAAGCUCUUGGAGAAGAUCGAGGUUCAGGAUUCUUCAUUUGGUUCUGAUGUGCGCGCAUCUGCCUUCUUGUUUUGGGUUAUAGUUACCCUACAGUCACAGAAAGAGUACCCUCCAGAUAUGCAAUCCAAGGAUAAAUUCUUGAUUCAGAGCACCAGGGUGGCUGCCAGCACCGACAUGGAUGAAAUCCCCCCUGACACUUUCAACAAGGAGACUGAUAAGGUGAUUGAGGAAAUGAAGCUCAAGGUUGUCUACACAUUGCCCAGUGGAAGCUCGGACGACUCUGGUGUUACAUCUUCAGCAAAUAGGAGCUUCAAGCAGGGCGGCGACGAUCUCUCGAUGCUGAAGAAUGCGAGCAUUGAAGAGAGCCUCUACCAAACUCUGUAA